ACGCAGAUAUGGGGUUAUUUGAAGGUAUCGACUGCUGCUUAGCUUAUCUCAACUGUUAUCUUUUUAUUUUAUUUUUCUACGCUUGAUUGCACAAGGUUGCAGCAACAAUCAUUCGCCAGUUUGUGAUGCUGUUAGUAACUGAUGCGAUGAACUUUGGUUUGACAGAAAUCAACCAUAAAUUUAGAUCUGAAAGUUCUGUAUAUAGAACUAGUCACCUACGUAGAUGAAUGGAAAACG